CUUUGACAGAAACCGUCCGAGAACUGUCUGCAUUACUUCAGAACAGCAAACAUGGCCACCAAACUACGGAUAUUGGUGCCAGUGAAGCGUGUCAUUGACUAUGCUGUCAAACCUCGCGUCAACAAGGCCCAGACGGGCGUCGAGACGAACGUCAAGCACUCGAUGAAUCCGUUCGACGAACUUUCGAUCGAAGAGGCCGUCCGUAUGCGCGAAGCGAAAAAGCCUGUCGAGGACAUCCUUGCUUUCUCCGCUGGGCCAGCCAAGAGCCAGGACAUUCUGCGCACUGCGAUGGCUAUGGGUGCCGAUCGGGGCAUUUUGGUGCAAGAAGACAAAGUGGAAUUGGAGCCCUUGGGUGUCGCGAAACUGCUGAAGAAGGUCGUGGAGCAAGAAGACCGGAAUCUGGUCAUUCUGGGCAAGCAGUCGAUCGACGAUGAUGCGAAUCAGACGGGACAAAUGCUUGCGGGGCUCCUCAACUGGCCGCAAGCGACACAAGCUAGCAAGGUCGAUAUUGCAGACGACGGAGCGGUCACUGUGACGAGGGAAGUGGAUGGCGGAGUGGAGACUUUGAAGGCCAAGCUGCCCAUGAUUAUCACCACGGACCUGAGGUUGAACGAGCCGAGGUAUGCGUCGCUGCCGAAUAUUAUGAAGGCGAAGAAGAAGCCGUUGGACAAGAAGACGCUCAAGGACUAUGGGCUAGACGGCGAGAAGAGGCUGAAGACGAUCAAAGUCGCUGAGCCAGCGGCGAGGCAAGGCGGCGGUAAAGUGGAGGACGUCGAUGGCAUGAUCUCGAAGCUCAAGGAAUUGGGCGCGUUGUAGAGUGGACUCGGUAUACGAUUGAAUGCCAUACACGUGUACAUAGGCGUGGUGUUGGUGCGAGGCAAGGUGAGUUGUUGCCUGAUCUGUCCUUGGUACCGCAGGCUGCUGCCGCAGCCUUGCCACUAGAAUUGGCAAUCUGAUGGAGUUGAUACUUCUGAUUUUGCGCAUGCUGGCAG